AUGUCUGCACUAUAUUUGGGUGUGGACCAAUCGGAAUCGUUGUUGGCGACCCGCACGUUAGCCUGCCCGGGCCUGGUGCCGCCCAACCAGACUGACGUCACUGACUUCACAUUCGACUUCCACGGAUCAGCGGGCAAGGCCUACUGCAUGAUCACCACUGCUACAAUUACGGUGAACGCGCACAUGUUCAGCCUGGCUCCCACCGCUCUAGUUCCCGAGCACCGCUACCAUGGCGGCCGGUGCUUCCAAUUCACCUGGAUCGACGGAAUCGGGUUCGUGUACCGGAACCUCCAGGGGCAGACGCAGCGCAUCGCCGUCUGGCUGGACCGCACGCUGGCUGACGUCAGUGUCCACCCCUUCAACGUCACCUUCGAAGACGAGCCGGUCGAGACGAGCGAAGACGCCGCUUGGACGAGCCCGGACGGCAUCGCUAGAAUCGAACGUACGGCCGUUCCGGACCAGUUGGUGGUGUCUUUGGACGGCCUCCUCGAAGUGGAGAUCAGCCGCGCCGAGGAUGCAGAGCUCCGGGACCAACCGGAAGGUCCCCCCGUGCGCUACAUCAACCUGGCAGUCAAGGGCCUGGCGGUCGGCCCGGGGGUGCACGGGAUGUACGCCCCUGGCGCUGUGGAAGCUCGCCUGAAGAUGGUCACUCAGGAGGGGCUGAACCACCGCGAGUACGCGGAGGGUGCGGACGAAGAGUACGAGACGUCCGACCUCACGUCCGCAAACUGCAGCUACGACCGCUUUGCCACGGCGGUUCAACCCGAAGCCCCCAGCGUGAUCAGUGCGUCGCGCAAGCUGCGUUCAAGCGCACCACAGAAGAAGGGGUUCCUGGCGUGCUCGUACUCUGGAUCGAGCUUUGUUUGCAAGUAG